UAAAUGAUUGGAUAUAAAUUAGUAACUCAUUAGACACCAAAAGAAGUAAAUAUAAUUAUUUAUUUAAUUAGGGUUUAUAAGUUAAUGCAGUACUUGUUCAUGAAGGUGUGGAUAUUGUACGUCAAUUAUAUUUAGCCUUUAUUUUAGAUAGAAAUUCAUAGAAACCAGCUAUUGUUGCUUCAAUCAAUGGUGGAAUGGAAAUUGAAGAAGUUGCUAAAACAGAUCCAAAUAGUAUUAUUGUAUUACCAAUUGAUGUAAAUACUGGAUUAACAGAUGAUAUUGCUAAUAAAGUUGUUGACAAUCUAUAAUUAUAAACAGUUAGAUAAUAAGCAAUUGAAUAAUUAAGGAAUUUAUAUAAGAUGUUCAUUACUCUUGAUGCUACAUAAGUUGAAAUUAAUCCAUGGGCAACAGAUCCAAAAAAUAAAUUAUUUUGUAUUGAUGCUAAGAUUAAUGUUGAUGAUAAUGCUAAAUUUAGAUAAAAGGAAUUGGUUGAAUUAAGAAAAACAUCUGUUGCAUCUGAAUAAGUAGAUCCACAUGAAGAAUUAGCAUUAGCUGCUGGAUUGAAUUAUGUUGCAUUAGAUGGAAAUAUUGGUUGUAUGGUUAAUGGAGCUGGAUUAGCUAUGGCUACAAUGGAUAUAAUUAAAUUAUAUGGAGGAGAUCCUGCAAAUUUCUUAGAUGUUGGAGGUGGUGCAAAUGUUGAAUAAGUUAAAACUGCAUUUGAAAUCUUAAAUUCUCAUCCUAAAGUUGAAACUAUCCUUAUUAAUAUCUUUGGUGGUAUCAUGAAAUGCAAUAUCAUUGCUGAAGGUAUCAUUAAAGCAGCUUAAUUGGUUGAUCUUAAAACACCAUUGGUUGUUAGAUUAACUGGAACAAAUUCUCAAUAAGGUAAUUAUUAUUCUAUAUAUUUUUAGGAGCUAAAAUGUUGGAUGAAUUUGCUAAAUCAUAAACCAAAGUACAAAUUACAACAGCCACAGAUUUGGAUGAUGCUGCUUAAAAAUCUGUAAAAAUUGCAAAAGUAUCUAGAAAGCAAUGA